AUGUUCGAUUUCGAGAGACUUCAAACUUUGACCGGCUCGCCGCCCUCUUCUCCUCCUCCCUCCUCCUCCCUCCUCCUCCUGCCUCCACCUCCUCUCUCCUCCUCCAUCCUCCUCCUCCUCCCUCCUCCUCCCUCCUCCUCCUCCCUCCUCCUCCCUCCUCCUCCUCCCUCCUCCUCCAUCCUCCUCCUCCUCCCUCCUCCUCCCUCCUCCUCCUCCCUCCUCCUCCUCCCUCCUCCACCUGCCUCCUCCUCCUCCCUCCUCCUCCAUCCUCCUCCUCCUCCCUCCUCCUCCCUCCUCCUCCUCCCUCCUCCUCCCUCCUCCUCCUCCCUCCUCCUCCAUCCUCCUCCUCCUCCCUCCUCCUCCUCCCUCCUCCACCUGCCUCCUCCUCCUCCCUCCUCCUCCAUCCUCCUCCUCCUCCCUCCUCCUCUCUCCUCCUCCUCCCUCCUCCUCCUCCCUCUUCCUUCCUCCCUCCCUCCGUCCCUCCCACCCCGCCAGGGCGCGCCAGCAACCAAGGCCAUCAUCCUGGUGUGUGCGGCGCUCUCUCUCGUGCUCGCCUCGCGCUCCGCACACUCCUCCCACCACCCCUUUGCGCUCUCCCGAGAGGCCCUGCUGACGCGCGGGGAGUGGUGGCGUGUGGCCCUGUCGCAGGUGUGUGUGGGGAGCACGCCCGACCUGCUGGUGUGGUCGCUGCUGCUCUACUCCUUGCGCUUCUUUGAGCGCCAGCUCGGCUCUGCCAAGUUCGUGGUUCUCUGUUCCUUCUCGUCUCUGGUCGCUCUCGCCCUUCAACUCCUCAUCGUCCUCCUUCUGCCCUCCCCAGCAGCCUCUCCCCUAGACGACCCGCCGCCCUCCUUCCACCCGGCAUCGGGCCCUCUCGGGCUGCUCUUCGCGCUCUUCCUGCUCUUCUUUGCCGAUGUGCCUCCCACCGCGCGCUACCUCCUGCUCUCGCGUGUUCCACUCUCGGAUAAAGCCCUCGUGUACCUGGGCGGGCUGCAGCUGCUCUUCUCCUCGGGUCUCUCCUCCAUCGUGCCUGCGGCAGCGGGGAUCGUAGCAGGGGCGCUCUAUCGCUGCAACGCCCUGGGAGUGCGCAAGGCCAAGGUGCCAGACGUCAUAGCUCGCUUUGCCGCAACAUGGAUCGCCCCUCUGCUGCUCUGGCCCUCGGGUUCCUUCUCACCCUCCUCUGCUACCACUUCCGAUCAGCUUCAGCAGAGACGGCGGCAGCAGCAGCAGCAGCUGCGCCAGCAGUUGCAGCAGCAGCGCGCAGGGCACCAACACAUGCCG